AUGGAUGUCCAACUUGCCUCUUUGGUGACGUCAACAUUGUCGUUGGCCAAGACCGAAACCGGUGUUGCGCUGAUUGCCGGUGGGAUGGCCGGCACUGUUUCGAGAACCAUGGUGUCGCCCUUCGAGAGAGUCAAAAUUCUCUUGCAAGUUCAGAACACGAAACCGGUUCCGAACCAGAGUGUGUCAUAUAAUAAAGGUGUCCUUGGGUCAAUUGGACAGAUUUACAAAGAGGAAGGCGUCAAGGGUUUGUUCAGAGGGAACGGACUGAACUGCGUGAGAAUAUUCCCAUAUAGCGCAGUCCAGUUCGUCGUUUAUGAGUACUGUAAAAAAAAUAUGUUCCAUAUUUAUGGACAGGACGAGAACGGGUUGAUUAAGCAACUGACCACUUCUCAGCGGUUAUUCAGCGGUUCCCUCUGCGCAAUAUGUAGUUUGAUUGUAACACAACCCUUGGAUUUAAUAAGAACCAGAUUAUCUAUCCAAACUGCAAAUUUGAGAAACCUUACGCUGAGCAAAGCGAGGGACAUUCAAAACCCACCUGGGUUUUGGGAGCUGUUUAAGAAAAUAUACAGGGAGGAGGGGAAAGUGUUUGGAUUAUACAGAGGUAUGGUAUCUUCAAGUUUACAAGUUGUUCCCUGUGUAGCAUUGACUUUUACAGUUUACGAACAAUUGAAAUCGUUCAACUCUGACCAUAAAUUGAGUUACUGGCAAAGAAACGUUUACCAAUUCUGUAUUGGUGCAGUCAGCGGUGCUGUAUCCCAGACGGUGACGUACCCGUUUGAUCUUUUACGGAAGAGAUUCCAAAUUAUGGCCAUGGGGAAUAACGAAAUGGGGUACCACUACACUGGUAUUUGGGACGCAUUGAAGACUAUCGGGCGUUCUGAAGGGGCUAGAGGGUACUACAAGGGCUUAACAGCUAAUCUGUUCAAAGUUAUACCUGCUACGGCUAUCAAUUGGCUUGUCUAUGAGCUGAUGUCCGAUGUCCUUCGAUCGUAG